AUGGCCAUCAACAACUGGGUCUGGGUCGGACCGCUGUCCUUCCUGGUCGCCGUGUCCAGCUUUCUCUACACAAACCCGUAUCCGGUGUUGAACCGGUACGGUGGACGCGACACAUCCGCAAAGAUCCAUACGACGUGGCUGCAUCAUGGGCCCUUGAACAACGACAAAUGCUGGACGAAUCCUCCAUGCGGCUACCCGGAGACCCGCGAGGUCUUCUACCCGCCACUGAACCGCCACGACACCAUGAGCGACGAGAGCUACCACGAAUACUUUCUGAAAUACGAUAUCAAGAAAGACAAGGCCACCAAGCUGAAAAUCGAGGGCAUCGACUCGUCGCACGAUCUCGUCUUGCACGGUAUUGACAUUUUCAAGCCGAAAGACGACGACUCAAAGAUCUACCUCUUCGCCGUCAACCACGACCGCAAAGGUGAGAGCAUCGUGCUGUUCUCCCACACUCUGGGAACGGACGUGUUGACGUACGUUCGCGAAUUCCAACAUCCGGCUAUCAAGACGCCCAAUGCUGUAGCCGCGACGAGUUUGAACUCCUUCUUCAUCACCAACGACCACUACUUCUACGGCGGCGGCCCCCUGGCGACCAUCCUCCGCAGCCACGAAGACCACUGGGGACCCUGGAAAUGGGCCACGGACGUGGUCUACUGCGACGCUUCGGGUGCUCAGAUCGACUGCCGCACCGUGUCGCCGCCGAACGCGCACCCGAGCGCCAACGGCGCGCUGCUGGUCGACGACGGCAAGACGCUGAUGGUGAAUGAUGUCGUCGAGGCGACCACCACGAUCUACGACGUCGACCCGGAGACCAAGGCGUUGACGGUGCGCAAGAAAGUCCAACUCGGCGCCGGAGCGGACAACCUCUCACUGAUACCCGGGACAGAAGACAUUGCAGUGUGCAUCUUCCCGGACGUCCCCGCCCUCCGCCACCGCCUCUCCGGCGAACACCUCCUGGACUACAGCCGCAAGGGCGAAGCCGCGAUCCUGCGCCUGGUCAAGGCCCGCGACUACGAGCCCGAACUGCUGUACUGGGACGACGGCUCGCUGAUCACGGUCCUCACAGGCGCGGCCGUGGAUCCCGUGCACGGCAAGAUCAUCGCGGGAGGGGUGGUGGAGAGGUACUUUAUUGUUUGUGACGUGGAUGUUUAG